AUGAAUACAGACGAUUUCCCACCAUUAGGUUCAAAACCAACUAGAAAAAUAACUAAUAAAAAUAAUAAUAAUAAUAAUAGUAAUAAUAACAAUAAUAGUAAUAAUAAUAAUAGUUUUUCAUAUAAACAAGUAACAGCUCCAUCACAAACUACAACAACUGCUCCAGCACCAACUAGCUCUACCGACACUGCCACUACAACUCCAAUCACAUCUAUUAGGAAUGAAAUUAUUGAUAUUGGCGCAAAUUUAGCAGAUAAAUCAUUUGAAAAAGAUAUUGAAGAUAUUUUAAAAAGAGGUUAUAAUAAAGGUGUUAGUAAAAUAGUUAUAACAGGUACUUCAAUGAGAUCAUCUAUAAAAGCACUUGAAUUAAUUGAAUGGAAUAAAAAGAAAGGUGGUAUUGUCGAAUUAUAUUCAACAGUUGGUGUACAUCCACAUGAAGCUGAUCGUGCUUUACAAAAUGGCGGCGAUAAAAUAUCAAACGAAAUAAGACAAAUAAUUAAAAAUAACCCAUAUUCUGUUAAAGCAGUCGGUGAAUGUGGUUUAGAUUUUAAUCGUAAUUUUUCAACACGUCAAAACCAGAUCGAAAUGUUCGAUAGACAAAUCCAACUUGGUAUUGAACUAAACUUACCAUUAUUUAUCCAUGAAAGAGACGCCUCCAAGGAGUUUAUUAAAGUAGUUGAAAAAUAUACCUCUGUAAAUAAAAUGCCACGUUCAGUCAUCCAUUGCUUCACUGGUAACGAAGCUGAAGCAAGAGCCUAUGUACAAAUGGGCUUCUAUAUUGGUUUCACUGGUGUCAUCACUCAAGAAAAAAGAGGUGAAGAUUUAAGAAAAAUUCUUAAAGCCGGUAUCAUUCCAAUCGAUAGAUUAAUGAUCGAAACUGAUUGUCCAUAUAUGACUCCACACAGCAUCGAUCCAAAAGAUAAACCAAAACAAGAUCACAAUUCUAAAUUUAUUCGUAACGAGCCAUCAUUAUUACCAUAUAUAUUAAGAACUUUAGCCGAGUGUUAUAAAGUUUCAGAGUCUGAAAUGGCAUUACAAACCUUUAAUAACACAAAAUUAUUUUUUAAUUUAAAUUAA